AUGGGAAGCCCCCAAACAACCACAAUAACGGAGGUCAGAAUAAGACUAGCGAGUUGUCUGAUAACCGUGACAAACGCUCCGUUUCAUUCAACCAAGGUCCGCCUAGUCAAGGAGGAUUUGGCGGCCAAGGAGGUCAAACUGGAGGCUUCGGCGGAAGCCAAGGAAAUGGAAAUGAGCAAAAAGGUGGAUCUAAUGGUGGCGGUCAGGGAGGGACAAACGGACAAAGCGGGCAGCCAGGAGGACAAGGUGGGCAGCAAGGAGGCCAAGGUGGGCAGCAAGGAGGUCCCCCGAGCCGUUCCCGACGCGCUUCUCAGCAGGGAGGACGUCAACAGGGCGGUCAGAACAACCAACAGGGAGGAAGAGGCGGACAACAAGGCGCUCAGGGAGGUCAACGCGGCCAACAAGGAGGCCCGAAUGGUCAACAAGGUGGCCAGAAUAGUCAACAAGGACGACAAAAUCAGCAAGGCGGCCCUACAAAUGGAGGACAAAACAACCAAGGAAGCCGCGGAAAGGAAACUCAUAAGAGAACAACAGUCAGGGAAACACACUUCCGGCGUAUUGCCAUACCUUCUUUUUUAUAUUUUCCGUGAUAUAAGGCCUAAUAAACAUCGAUGUUUUUAACGGCGAAUUAUGUAAAAGCUGAUUGCGAAAAAAUGCAAAAAACGUCAAAUAAAGUAUAAUAUUUUUUGUAAAAAUGAGACCAAAUUUCCGCUUUCAAAAAAAAAGGAGACAAAGGCCGGGGGCUUCCAUAAAAGCUCAUGAUCAAAGUUCUUUGUGAUCUAAUUCUGACUCAUUGUAACAAAUACGAACAACUAAAAAGCACAAGCUCGACCUCGGUUCAUUCGUUCGAUCCUCCAAUUACGGCAAUACCUCGAAAUUUUACUUGCAACGUUUUGUUACUCAUCCCUCGUACGCCAUUGUUAAUCCGACCCAAACUGAUAUAAAAGCCGACCCGAUGGCUUCGGUAAUCGUAUUACAAUUUGGUCUUUGAUAUAGUAGGAUUUUAUUGAACCAUGCUUCGACAGACUUUUCUGAUCGCUUUGAUUUUGCAGCAAGGUAAGAGUUAUGGUGAAGGCAGGAUUAUGAUAGCUGUAUAUAUUAUUAUGAUCCAUUAAAAUUUGUUUGUAGGGCUAUCCCGACCACAGUCAGGUGGACCGCCUGGAAUUGGAGGCGAUAGCCAGUCCAGCGGCGGAUUUGGUGGGCUUGGUGGCGGCCAAGCUGAAUUUGGAGGCCAGGGUGGAAGCCAAGGAGGAAUUGGCGGUGAAAGUUUGGGCCAAGGUGGUUUCGGAAGCAUCGACGGACCUCAAGGAGGAAUUGGCGGCUUUGGAGGAAACAGUCAGCCCGGACAAGGCGCUUUUGGAGGGAGCCAAAGCGGCGGACCUAGUGGAGACUUCGGUCAAAGCCCGCCAAGCCGUUCCCGACGACAGUCGGAAGGCCAAGGAGAACAUAGUGUAG